CACUCCGUUCCCGGUUAGUAAUAUAUAAAGAUUUUCCCUCAGAUCAGAAUUCAGUAUUCAAACACGAACCCUUUGAUGCAGCCAAACCAAUGGAGACGACGCUGAAGAUUGGCAAAGACGACGUAAUUGCGAAGCUCAAGGACGACGGCGACUUCGACAAACUCCGCCUCAAGACCAUUCGCAAGCUCAAGGACAACUUAAUGCAGGAAGUGUUGCGCAAUGAGAUUAUUUCGAUAGUGAAGCAGUCUGCUGCGCUUAAUCGCGCAGGUGCUGAGAAUAUGAAACCCAGACAACUUUCCGAUGCCAUACAUGAUGAGAUUCGGGAUAAAGCAAAUAGCUGGAUAUCUGAUGCUUUGUGGGAAAUAAUUAAAUCACGUGAUGGCAUGAAAGGUGAAAUUACAGAAACUGUACAAUCUGUUUAUGAUAAAUUAGUGAGCCCUAAAGUGAAGGAAGAGGGUGGAUCAUCCACCAAUGGCAUGAUGCUAAUUCGAAAGGAAGCUGAAAAUAAUGGUUCUAUCAUAGCCUCAGCUAGUGAAAUGGAUAGCACGUUUUCUGAUAGCGAGCCAAAAGAACCUCCAGGUUUUUCUCUCUUCAAUGGUCAUCAAAAUAACACCCAUAAGGAGCUUCAGCCACCAAUGUCCCAUGAAAGAGGACCGGUAGAUGAGCAGAAGGACAACACCCACUGCUCACAGGAUGUAUUGGAGCCGGAAGAAACUGAUCUCCGUGUACUACCUGGCUUUUCUGCAGACAAGGAGCUGAAGCAGCCCUCUGAUGAUACUGAUGAGGACCCUGAUCUGCCUCCUGGUUUUUGUUGAUGCAAUGACAUGCGAUGAAGCUUUUUAUGAACCAUUACAUUUAGUAGAGACUGUACAAUGAAGGAUUUAGCUACAAGUACUGCCUCAGUAUUCCCUUCUCCUUCCGCACUGAAUUUUUGGUAUCAGAGAGGCUUUUCUGAGUUUGCCAUCAUUGAGGUCAGCUGCUUUGGAUAUUAUUGGUAUUCUUUGAUGUAUGAUAUUUUCUGAUUUUUUAGUAUGAUAAUCAGACUUCAAUGACAUAGAAACUUUCUUCCUUAGGUUUUAAAUGUAUGUGAUAGUUUAUUUCAGAAGAGGUCGUUAGUAACUAUGUAUGCUAUUCCUCGCCACAAAUUUUGGUUUGAAAUUAAACAUUGGAUUACAUGUUUUGACAUUAGUGAAAUUUUUUGUAUAUUUUCUGGUCAUUUCCAAUGCCUUACUAAUUGGUCUCUUUGGACCUCAUGAACUGAACGAUAUACAAACAGAAGAUCGUUUUUCA